AUGCGGCCUAAAGGCUCAAGAAAAAACUACAACUCCCGGGAUGCACCGCGGCUCGGCCCCCUCAAACGCGGAAGCGAGGCGCGUGGGAGCGGUGACAGCCCGGGGCGUGCCAUGGCGGCGGCUGGCGCCUACCGCUGCGUGGAGUGCCACGCGGAGGCGGCGGAGCUGUACAGGGACUACCGGCGCGGGGUACUCCGUAUCUCCAUCUGCAAAUCCUGCCAGAAGCCUGUGGACAAAUACAUUGAAUAUGAUCCUGUUAUCAUCUUGAUUAAUGCUAUUUUAUGUAAAGCACAAGCAUACAGGCACAUUAUUUUCAAUACAAAGAUAAACAUUCAUGGGAAGCUCUGCAUAUUUUGCUUGCUCUGUGAAGCUUAUCUCAGGUGGUUGCAGCUACAGGAUUCAAGCCAAAAUAUAGACCCUGAUGACUUAAUCAGAUAUGCCAAGGAAUGGGAUUUUUAUAGAAUGUUUGGUAUAGCUUCUUUAGAACAAACUUCAUUUUUGCUUGGCAUUUUUAUUACCUUACGGUGGAUGAGGCCCAAGAUGCUGAAAACAAAGUCUGACUUCAUUUUACUUCUCAAAGCACUGCUGCUGUCCAGCUAUGGAAAGCUCUUGCUAAUUCCAGCUGUUAUUUGGGAACAUGACUACACACCUUUGUGCCUUGCAUUUAUAAAAGUAUUUGUCUUGAUAUCCAACUCUCAGGCAAUUAGAGUUACAUUGAACUUGAACCGAUUACUUCCUUGGUUGGCCAUCUUCAUUGGAUUAAUUUUGGAAAAUGGUGUGGUCUGCUUAUUCCAGAAAAUGGGAUGGGAUGUUUGAUAUGUCAGCCCAGAUCUGAAGAAAUGCCAACAACACAAAGGUCAUUUUCUAAGAAUGAUCUCUUCCAGCAGGCUCCAAAGAUACCAUUUUCAUAGUAGUAAAGAAGGUGAUAGAUAACAAAAACUUGCAGUAGUGGUGAGUGUAGACAGUUUUAGGAUGAGUUAAAAUUAGAAACCUCAGAAGUUUGGCUAUUUAAUGUGGUGGUCAAUGAAACUUCAGCCUUAGUUUGUUUAUUUUCCUACUAAAAAAUAUGCCUAUGUCUCUAUCUCAAUAGCUUUAUAAAUCUGGCUGCACAGCUAUAGCUGUAGCAAAAAAGGUACACUGAAAAAUUAAGCAAUGCUACCAAUCACUGCAUUUUGACAGAAUGAGGAUGAUGAGUUUUUCCCUUCAGAGGAGGGGAGUCAGUGGAAAAAUGUAAAAGCCGAAAUUGAUAUUUCUGCAAAAACAGAUGUUGAAAGAGAGAAGUGAGUGUGUGCAAACGGAUUAUAAGAGAAAAGGCAAGCAUUGCAGAGUAAAACUACAGUGGGUAAACAAAGUUAUAUUCUCUGGAAUGUUUAUGUAACAAUCCGAAAUAAUAACAUAACUACUUCUAGAGUAAUCUCUAGUGUCUAUAGUUUUAACUGGCUUGAAAUUUUAUGUGCUUUCAUAAAUGUUGCUGCUUUGUUUGAGCUGAAAAGAGAGUAGAAGGAUUCUUAUCCGCAGCAUACAAAGUUGUUUGGCAUACCACUAAUUAUGCAUUUAUUAUUAAGCCACACCCCUGCACUCAGCCUUCAUCUGACAGCAGGUUUAGUGGGAGCAAAAAGUGAAGCAUCAGGCUGCUGAGCAAUAGAGUAGCAUUUGUUAAAAAUUAAACCCCAAAACAAAAUAAAUAAAGUCCACCACGUGUUUAGGCCUAAAUUAGUGAAGAAACAUUUAUAGAAGUUCUGCACCUUUUUUCCCAGCAAGCAAAGAAAGGGCUAGAUGUCCCGCAAAGGAACUGGCAGAAUUGGUUCCUGCUAGACAGUAAUUAGGACACAAACCUAUUUAUUUUGUGCAGAACACUUCCCAUUACAUCCCAUCCAGUGUUAGUUUUCCUACUUUAGUUCUGUAAGGCCCUACCUCAUCCUCCCAGGUUCCCUUGCACAAUAGAUACGAAGCUCUGCAAGUGGAACAGGAAAUAAAUACCUGGCUCUGAAUAUGGUGUGAGGAGCAAAACUUUGGGUUUAUUGACCAUGGAUUGGCCUGCACAACACUUGUCCCCAAGGGGCAAAAGGACGCUUACCAAGAAGCUAGGAGGACUCAUCAAUAGAGCUUUAAACUAGAUGUGAACGGGAAGGGGGGACAAAACCAGGCUUGAUAGAUAAAAGCCUGGCAAUGGCACUUCAGUGUCUGGGGAAUGGUGUGUCAGCAAGGCCCAUUUGUCUGCCACCUCAGGGGAAGUGGGAGAUAGCAGUCCAAGUGGCAGCAAAGACGCAAAGGUUAUUGGUGGGUUAGAAAGUGCAGCAAGUAGUCACUUAGGAAUUAAGACUAUUCCCCUCAGGAGCAUAGCAGGAUCAAUAGCCCAACUGAAGUGCAUCUACACCAAUGUAUGCAGCAUGGGCAACAAACAGGAGGAGCUGGAAGUCAUUGGAUGGCAAAAAAAACUAUGAUAUAAUUGCUGUCGCAGAAACAUGGUGGUUCAACUUGCAUAAGUGGAGUGCUGCCAUGGUUGGCUAUAAACUCUUCAGGUAGGAUAGGUGAGGAAGGAGAGGCAGUGAGGUAUCCGUCUGUGUUAGAGAGUGUUUUGAUUGCCUUGAGAUCAAUGAUGGUGAUGAUAGGAUUGAGUGUCUAUGGGUAAAAAUCAGCGGAGCACCUAACGAGGCAGAUAUUGUAAUGGGAUUCUGCUGUAGACCACCCAGCCAGGACAAAGAGGCUGAGGAGAUAUUCUGCAAGCAACUGGCAGAAGUGUCACAAUUGCUACCCUUGUCCUUGUGGGAGACUUCAAUGUCCCAGAUGUGUGCUGGAAGCAUAAUACAGCAGAGAGGAAACAGUCUAAGAGGUUCCUGGAGUGUGUGGAAGACAACUUCCUGAUGCAACUGGUAGAUGAGACAAUUGGGGAAAGUGCCCAGCUGGGCCUGUUGUUUGUGAGUAGAGAAGGCCUCGUGGGAGAUGUGAUGGCUGGAGGAUGCCUGGGGCACAGCAGUCUCGAGAUGAUAGAAUUCUCAGUUCUAGGAGUAGUAAGGGGAGGGGUCAGCAGAAUGGCCACCUUGGACUUCUGAAGGGCAGACUUUGGACUGUUCAGAAGGCUGGUUGAUAAAGUUCUUUGGGAAACAGUCCUAAAAAGCAGAGUUGCCCAAGGGGACUGGAUGCUCUUCAAGAAGAAAAUCCUGGCACAAGAACAAGGCAUCCCUAUGUGCUGAAAAACAAGCCAGCCGGGAAGAAAACGAGCUUGACUUAACAGAGGACUUUGGGUAGAUCUUAGAAAAAAGAGGAAAGUAUAUGAGCUUUGGAAGAAGGGGCAGGCAUCUCAGGAGGACUACGGGGAUGAAGUGAGGUCAUGCAGAGGGAAAAUCACAAGGGCUAGAGCCCAACUAGAACUUAGGUUGGAGGAUUCUGUGAAAGGUAAUAAAAAUGUUUCUACAAAUAUAUAAACAACAAAAGGAGGACCAAGGAGAAUCUGCAUCCUUUACUCAAUGCAGUGACAAAGGAUGAUAAGGCUGGGGUACUUAAUGCCUUCUUUGAGUGACCAGCAGGACCAAGGAAGUGAUUGUGCCCCUGUGCUCAGCAUUGGUGAGGCCGCAUCUUGAAUCCUGUGUUGGAACAGAGGCUGCAGGUUAGAGGAUGCAAAGGGAAGGAGCAGUAGAUUGGGAGAUUUUUUGAAAAGAUUGGGAGACAUCUGGCCUGCUUUCAUUUUCCUCCUUCGCCUUCUGCCUUAUGUUUAAGAAGGAAUGAAGUUGUGCUGCAGCAGAGAGGGUAGAAGAAUAUGCGCUAGGAAAAUGCUGGUGCCUGCUGAACCAAACCCAGUUUGUUAUUGUAGCUGUCAUCUGGCUUUUAUUCGGCUUUCUGUCCAUCUUAGUAUGACUUAAGCAUUGCAGCUGAUACAAAUUUCUUACCACUCUGUACAUCUGGUUUCAGUCUGAAGUCUGAAUGGAGCACACCUAAGUGUGACUAAUGCAAGGGAAAUAUUUUGCAUUACACAUAAUGUAAAUAUUAGCUAGUCAGAGGCAAAAUUGUAAAUAUGAUGUAUAUAAAUUCUGUUUUCAAACAUUUUUUUAAAGUUUAAUUUAAAAAAUUAUUUCAGGAUAUUUUCUGAGUUUUAUUCAGAAGACCUAGAAUGGACAAGAACACAUUUUGAAAUAAAUGCUUACCUGUUGUGUCACAUAUACCAAUAACAUAUAUCAGUUAUGCUCUCUGUGAUGCUGUCGGGAGCUACCACUGUCCUUAUGCAACUUUGAGGAUGGAGAAGAAAAUUAAUAGCUGCAGAGCUGUGGAAGGAAAGCAGAUGUUACACUGGUUUUCAGUCUUCAGAGGCAUUAUUGUCUAGUAAUGUAGGACAUUUUGCCUUGAGUGGUUUUCUGGCUAUUCAUUUACCAGAGCUAACUUAAAUACAGUAAUAUUUCAUAGAUUGGGCAACUUAUUCCUUUUUGUCUUUUGAGCUCCUCUCCUUUCAUAAACUCUUUGUAAUGAAACAGGCACCUGUGCUGGAAGAUGUAUGUAUGUAAAUAGCCUGCCCUUUCUAUGUGUCUUCAAUUGCUUCCUUAACUUAUGGGAAAGUAUUUACUUGGUUUAAAAAUAUAGCAGUCUGCAAAUGAACCCAUGUAAAUUGUCUGAGUUUUGCUUGGAAUCAAAAGAGUUAUCGUGGCCUGUGGGAAAUUCGUGGACCUAUGGAGCAAAUUCCAGAAUUCUGUUAGAUGAAACACACAGAAAGAACCCGUGACAGUAUAAAAAUUUGGAUGGAGCAACAGUUUAGUGAUUGUGCAUUGGGAGCUGGGAACUUUAACUGGGUCUAUAGGUCAGGUAACAAGUGUUUAGAAAUUACUCUAUACGUAAUUGGAGAGUUAGACUACAAGCUAGAAAGGGCUAAAGGAAUGUAGGUGUCAGGCGGACUUCACAAAAUUAAAGAAUUGGAAAGACUAAUAAAUAAGAGGAUAGAAUCUCAAGAAAAAUUGUGUAAGAAAAGAUGCAGUAUAGAUGAGUGUAUGACUAAGGAGACAUAUGAACAACCUACUCCUAAAUUUCAAAGGAUGAACAAGACGAAUUAUUUAUUGUAGAAAUUUUUGUAAUAGUCUAAGUGAUAAUAUGAAAUGGCAAAGAAUGUCUUCCAGUCUUCCAAAGAGUAAGGUCUAUGGGUUUCCCUAGAAAAGUUACUGGGAACGUCAUUAUUCCAGUGGUUUGCUCUCCAUCCUUGAAAAUACACUUUUAUGAGCAGAAUUACUAAUUGUGCAGAGAUAGAAUUAAUCACUGUGAAUAGAACGAGCUGUGCAACAGCACAGCUUCUCCCUUCAUCCUGCAGUGGUGUUUAUUGGAUUAGGUUUUGCUGGGGGAGGCAAGGGCUACUAACCUCGUGACCUCAUGCGAGUAUAGACAAGUGAGCCUGUUCUUCCACAACAAGUCGUAUUUGAGACAUAUAAGCUGCCAUUUGUUAGCCUAGUCUUCACCGAACUGAAAGUAAAAUAGGACAUCUGCACUGGAAAACUAUUAGCAGCUGAUAUCUCAGAAAACAAGAAAGCCAUUGUUUUGCCAGAGUUGGUAUGAUUUUGCAAUCCAUCAGCUCUCCCCCAACUGGGCAGUUAAGUACCACAGUGCCAUCUGGAGUCGAGAAGUAAAGGACUGUUGUUUCCGAAACUGGAAGGAAUGGAGAAGCACUACAAGUAUGUAUUCGUGGAUUAGUUUUUGUUUUGUAAAAUCACAAAUUCAAGUUUUUCAAAUUAAAAUUAAUUUUCAGUUUGGAGAAGUAUUAGAGUGAAGUUAGUGACGAAAAACAGGUCAUGAAAGUUUUGGUGACUUGAUGUGAAGGUCAGUUCACCAGUAAAAUAGUGCACCAGGGAAGCUACAAAAUGCAAAUUAUUUUAGCAAAGCAUCUGUUUGUUUAAAACAUACAUGGUCCCGCAAGCUGGGACUACUCUGAGUAGCUCCACUGAGAUCAGAGAAAAUACACAUGGCAAAAGACAUGCAUUCCUCCACUGCUAAAAAUCAAUAGGAAUUUUGUUGCUGAAUUCAUUUGAAACCCAGUUUGCUGCAGUUAGAAUUUGCAGGAAGGUGUAUACAAGAUUUGUAUUUUCUCUUCUGCAUCUUAUAGUGCUGCUCGGACUUUGGUCUUUCCAGUACCGCUUAGCAUAUUACUGAGGUGGCUAGAAAGAAGAUCUGAACAUGAGGAGCUUUGUAAAAUCUUUUUCCUAAAUAUGAUCUGCUGUCCUAAAUUUGUAAAGCUCUUUUGAGCCCAGUAUAAAUAAAUGUCAGGUCUACAAAGCAGCUAAGAAAUACUGCCAGUGAUGUUUUAAUUGCUAUUCAUUAGCAUAAUAGAUAUUGUUUGGGUUUGUUUGGGUUCAUUUCCCUGGGUAAAAAUGUGGUUUAAAUUCCUUUACAUAGCAGUAUAAGAGUGUGAGCUUAGAUAGUGUGUACAUGGCUGGCUGCUGCACAGAGAAAUCCAGAUGACCCCCAUAAUUUCUUAUAAUGUCUAACUGUGAUUCUAAGUACAUUUUUAGGCAAAAGAACUAUUGUUCAUAAGCUGCACAAAAGUGCUGCCAUAGCUGCGUGAGUAGAAGAGUGGGGACCUGAAUUACAACCUGAAUCCUAAUCCUGGCUAUAAAACUGACUACUGCUGUGACCUUGAGCAAGUCAUAUACGUGGUUCCAUAAAAUGAUUGUACCUCCACCGUCACAGGAAUUGAGGGAGGAUUAAUUUGUUCAUGAUUGCUUAAAAAGAUGGAAAGCAUUAAGUCCUCUUAGCUGCAGGUUGUUGGGAGUCAGUCAACACCAUGAAUAUCAGAUACUGAACCAGAAUUGCCAGGAGCCAGAGAAUAUGAAUAUUGGAGGUGACAUGUUUAAAGAAGUCUCCUUUAUGAUGUUAAGUGAAGCUUUAAUUCUGAGUGUUGAUAGCAUACAGUUCUAUAACACACAUAUCUGAAGACUUUUAGAGGUAUAUAUGGCAAAUCGUGAAUUCCUUGUUGUGAAUUUUAAGUUACUGCAGCUGUUGUGUGCCAAAAUAAACCUGAAAUUAGUUUUAAAAAACUUGGAAGGCACAGACCUAGCAUGUGAACUGAUCUUACUUUCAGCUAUCUGAAAGGAGAAUUACUGUAUUUUAUUUGACAGUUUUGAGGCUUUGAGGUAGAAAGCACAGGUGGGUCUUCAGUAAAAAUUAUUUUUUUUAAAAAAGCAUUACAAACCACUGGUAUCUUUUCAGUGAAUUAAUCCAGUAACUGUGAAAUUUAAACAAAACAAAGUCUCAAUACAAGUGCAUCUACUCAUCUUGUAUUCUCUUCUCAGAACUGCUAACCCUCUGUAAGCAACUGUUUAUAGUGGUUCCCUGCCAUACAUUCCGUAGCCCAUGUGAUGCUGUAGUACAUGCAUCGUUCCUGAACUUUGAUCCCUUCUUUAGUCUCUCACUUCACUUCCAGUAUAAAGCUUUGGCUCUAAUCUUCAAAGCCACUGAUGUAUCAUGUCUUGGCUACAGCAGCGAUAGCAUCUCUUUCUCUCGGUAAGACUACAGCAUUCUUUUGAUCACCAUAAAUCAAAAAGCCAACAAAAGUAUAAUAAUAACUAGGAAGGAAACAUUCUCCAGUGAGAGCAUCCACUGUGUAAUAAAAUGCCAUAUACCACCACCAGGAAGUAUGGCUGGGACUUUACAGGAUAUGGAGCAAAAGUGAAUGUAUCACUCUGCGCAUAGUCCUUAUGAAUUAUUUCAACAACAGGACUUUGUUUUCCUAUGAGGACAUUUCUCCUACUUAGUAGUGUGGAAAUGGCAGGUGGAUUGCACAGCAAGGAAAACACAGUCCACCUUUCUUACUCAUUCUGUCCUGGGAGAGAGCAAAAUCAAAAUAAGAUGGUGCUGAUUAGUGAAGAGUUUUUUUCAGCAAGGGUGGACAGGUUAUUCAAAACUUUCCUUUGGAAAAGCAUGCUGUGGAUGAACACAAAGGUAGGUAUACAUUUAUUUGCAUAACCAUGUGACAAGACUUAGUUUCAUCUUUUCAAACUUUAUUUUACACUUCCUUUCAUUUUAAGUGGAUUUUUCCCAAAAAAAGUUUCUUGCUUAAUUGAAUUGUGAAGUUUAUAUGAAUGAUGCAUGUGUGUGUGUACAUGGAGAGAGAGAAAAGGUGAGUCCUAGGUUUGCAGCUUGUGCAUUUUCUGCCUUAUCUAUGUAUGAAAUCAUGCAGCUUCUGACCAUAGACAUAGACAGGACCAUUCUGCCCUACACUGAAAGAAAAGACUGCCUGGGAGAAAAGCACCUUAGUGUGACUGUUGUGCAACGGGACAGAUUGUAUCAGUGUAAAAAAAAAAUAAAUCAUGUCCCUGAUAAAACAGCAUCAGAAACGUGUGCAGAUAGUGUCUCCCUUCCCUCAUUGUUCCUCAUCUGCUUUCAUUUUAAAAAAAUGACGCCAUGGUGAUGCUAAUCUAAUUCAGCUGCAGCAGUGCUUUGAUAGGGAGUUCAGAGAGGUGGUUUUAAUUCUCCACAAUACGUCCUGGUAGGGGACAGCAGAACAGGAAGCCCUUGUGUGCAGAUCCUUCCUUGCUCUAAUGGCAGGGGGGGAGAAGCCAUCUGUAAUUUCAUGCCAUUAUACCAAAAAGUGCUGGCUCCUCUAAACUCCCUACAGCAGCUGCUCCUGAAAGCUCAGCUCUUUGUCCUGAGCUGGCAGCUGCCU